UUUCCUCCUAUCUAAAAAUGUAUUCACUCUUUCAGUCUUUGUUUUAAGGAAUUCUUAACUUGUGAAUCUCAAGACUAUAUUCCUGUCGUAUCCAGUUUAAAGAAACCAGAGAUUAGUGUCAGUCAUAAUGAGAAGGAUGUCAUCAUCUCCUGUGAGAUUCCUGGACCUGCUGUUCACAGUGACUGAAGAUGACCUGAUCAGACAUCUACAGUCAGUAGGGAGUCAGGAGGUGAGCUGUGACUACAGAGUGAGUUCAGGACCAAACUCUCUCUCUCCACGUAGUGACGGGUACAUUAUAACAAAUUUGAUAGCUAGUGCUACUUUGAUCCCCAAAACAACAUUGAGACCAACUACCAGUUCAACCACUUCUUUGACCCCCACAGCAACAACAUCAGGUUCAACCACUUAUUUGACCCCCACGGCAACAACAUCAGGUUCAACCACUUCUUUGACCCCCACGGCAACAACAUCAGGUUCAACCACUUCUUUGACCCCCACAGCAACAACAUCAGGUUCAACCACUUCUUUGACCCACACGGCAACAACAUCAGGUGUGUUGGCUACUGCGAUUUCUAGGCCAGCAUAAACAUGUACCCAGAGGUGUGCUCAAAGAGUCAGAUUUCUGACAACAAAACUGUGCCUAAUUAUGCUGGUCCUACGGUAAUUGAUGUCCUGGAAACUUACAUUGGACUUCACAAUGGUCCCCCAAAGAACAUUUCAUGGACUCAUUACUUUAAAAUCAAUACAGAGGUAGCUAGUGAUUUUUCACUCUCUUAUAAAAUGGUAUGAUUCUUAAAUACAUCAGCUCAGUAAACAUCCACAAUAAACAUCAAAUAAUAUCCAGAAAAAUCUAUGCGCCCCGUUCUGGAGAGGAAAGUGGUCUGCCACACUUGAACUUGCCCCUUUCUGCGUUUGUGAGAGAAGAGAAGGGCCAACAGAAGCCUGAAACCUUCGCAAGGUCAUGGGAUUCAUCCGGGGCCCCAGUUUCUUCUGGUGUCUUUUGUGGCGGUUUCAUGCAUUGAUGACUGCCAAUGUGACAGUGUGCCACCAAAUGUACAUAUACUGUCUUCGGAUUUGAAGCUGGUCUUGUGAAGUGCACACAGCAUAUCAAGGAGGUCUUGUUCAAAGUUGAAAGUUUAUCAAAUGCACCGAAUAAAACAGUGUCAUCCAGCACAAUGAAAUUUUUGUGACAUGACACACAACAUCUACAUAGUAAGAAUCAAGAAAUAUAUAAGGCAAAAAUAUAGCAACACCAAUAUAGUCAACAUGAACUUUUACGUUUUACGUUUCAACAACGGCUGUCAUUUUAUCAGACAAAAACAAUGUGAACUCCUAACACUUGACUAUUCUUAUGUAUUGAUGCUGCUUUCUAAAAAGAAAAGGUUCUCAAAUAAUACUUUAAUUUGAAACUCUGGUGGAAGUCCUAUACAGUUGUGCUCAAAAGUUUGCAUACCUAUGGAGAAUUGGUACUAUACA